AUAUAUAUCAAACUUCACGAAACACCACAUCGGAAAACAUUGUUUUAUUCGUUAUUAUUUAUGUUCAUAUGUUGUAAUCAUAUAUCUUAUAUCUUAUAUAUAUAUAAAUACAAGCCUCGAUUAAACAAUAAAAGCAUACUCCUCCCUUAAUUUCCCCAACGGCUCGAAUCCCAAUAUACGUUUAACUGCCAGCCAGCCCAUGUUUCCGUUUUUCAGUUAUCAAGGAUUCGUCAGUUCGGCCUUCCCCUUCUAUCUUCUCUUCCUCUUCUUCUUUCCUUCUUUUCCCGCCAGGACUCUAACGGUCCCGUCAACAGAACUAACUACUGUCGCCGCCGGAAACGAAAAGUGGCGGGACUUCGCCAGGUUCCUGGACGCCAGCCGGGGCAGCAACGUCACCGGCAUGGCCCAGCUCAAGAAGUACUUCCAGCGGUUCGGGUACCUCAACCCAGUUCCCGAGUCGGAGCUCACCGAUUCGUUCGACGACCGCUUCGAGUCCGCAGUCGUCGCCUACCAGAGAAACCUCGGCCUCUCCGUCACCGGCGUGCUCGAUUCGGAUACCGUCGCCGCGAUCAUCUCCCCCCGCUGUGGGGUCAGCGACCACGCCGGAGCGGUCCACGGCACCCGCCGCUACGCCUACUUCUACGGGGAGCCGCGGUGGGCGAAGUCGCCGCCGAUAACGCUGACCUACGCCUUCUCGCCGGAGAACACGAUAGACUACAUCCCGGGACCCGACAUGAAGGCGGCGUUCGAGCGCGCCUUCGCGCGGUGGUCGGCGGUGAUACCGGUGAAUUUCACGGAGGCGGUGGAAUACUGGGCGGCGGAUAUCAAAAUCGGAUUCUACAACGGCGACCACGGCGACGGCGAGCCCUUCGACGGGGUGCUGGGGAUCCUGGCGCACGCGUUCUCCCCGGAGAACGGGAGGUUCCACCUGGACGCGGCAGAGACGUGGGCCGUGGAUUUCGGGCGACAGAAGUCGAAGGCGGCCGUGGACUUGGAAUCGGUGGCCACGCACGAGAUCGGUCACGUGCUGGGGCUGGCCCACUCGGCGGUCAAGGAAGCGAUAAUGUACCCGAGCUUGAGUCCACGCAGCAAGAAGGUGGAGCUGAAGCUCGAUGACGUGGAGGGGAUCCAGGCCCUGUACGGGAUGAACCCAAAUUUCAAGUUCAGCUCUUUGAUCGAGUCUGACAGGUCUCCAAGCUGGGCCGUCCGAUUGCAGAUCGGCUGUUCUUUGUCUUUGUGGCACAUUCUAGCCCUGAUGAUUCCAUUCGUUUUCUGAUUUCUAAAUUUUAUUUUUCGGCCCCCAAAUUUCAUUCUUAUUAUGAUUUCACACCUGUACAGUAUAGACAGACAGGGCCUCAUACCAGAAGGAAUUGAAUACUUCAGUUUACACCUCGAAUUUCAUGAAAUGUUUGUUCCUGCUUUCUUUUUUUUU